GCAAUUUCGCGUGUGCCGCCUCUCGCAUUAAGUAUUUCGCGUUUCGGUCCCAGCACACACGGAUGGUUCGCUGCAUUUACUACUACGAUUGAAAACGCAUCACACAACACCAUCCCCCGGUCGUGUCGAGUUUUCCUUCGUUGCUUUUACCCCUUCGGUGCGGCGCACAGCAUUAGCUUUUCCUCGGUUCCGCAUUUUCCGUGUCGUUUGCGUGUGUGUGUGUGUAUCGGUGUGUCUAAGUGUUCCUUUUUUUCGUUCCAUUUCGUUAAAAAGUGCAAAGUAAAACAUGGCUGCUGAACCGAUCCGCGUUGUCGUCACUGGUGCCGCCGGCCAGAUCGCCUACUCGCUGCUGUACAUGGUGGCGAAGGGCGACGUGUUCGGGCCGAACCAGCCGCUCAUCCUGCACCUGCUCGACAUUCCGCCGAUGAUGGGCGUGCUGGAGGGCGUCGUGAUGGAGCUGGACGACUGUGCUCUACCGCUGCUGGUGCGCGUCGUGCCGACGGCCGAUCCGGCGGUCGCUUUCAAGGAUGUGGAUGCCGCCUUCCUGGUCGGUGCGAUGCCGCGCAAGCAGGGCAUGGAGCGCAAGGAUCUGCUGUCCGCCAACGUGAAGAUCUUCAAGGUGCAGGGCGAAGCGCUCGACAAGUACGCCAAGAAGGACGUGAAAGUGCUGGUGGUGGGCAAUCCGGCCAACACGAACGCGCUCGUCUGCUCGCACUACGCGCCCUCGAUCCCGAAGGCGAACUUUACCGCGAUGACGCGGCUCGACCAGAACCGUGCCCAGGCCCAGAUUGCGGGCCGGCUCGGCGUCGGCAUCACCAAGGUGAAGAACGUCAUCAUCUGGGGCAACCAUUCGGCGACGCAGGUGCCGGACGCCCGGAACGCCUCGGUCGAGGUGGACGGCGCCACGAAAACCGUCCCCGAAGCCGUUGCGGACGAUGAGUUCUUGAAGCAGCAGUUCCUCGAGACGGUACAGAAGCGCGGUGCCGCCGUCAUUGCGGCACGCAAAAUGUCCUCCGCCAUGUCGGCGGCCAAGGCGGCCAGCGACCAUAUGCGCGACUGGUUUGCGGGUACGCGCGACGGCGAGUACGUGUCGAUGGGCGUCAUCUCCGACGGCAGCUACGGGGCGCCGAAGGACAUCGUGUUUUCGUUCCCGGUGCAGAUCCAGAACCGCCAGUGGAAGAUCGUGCAGGGCCUGUCGGUGGACGAGUUUACGCGCAGCAAGCUGGACGUUACCGCGAAGGAGCUGCUGGAGGAGAAGGAGGAAGCGAUGGCGGUGUGUGCCGCGGAUUGACUAGUUAAGCUGUAAGGCAGAAUUUUGUAGGAAUUCGAUCCAACAGUAAGAAGCGAACAACAACACGUGCGCGAAGAUCAAUUACCCAACCAGUUACGUUAUUUUUGUUUUGCGUUUUGCCAGCUAAAUAUCAUUGCGGUAAAUAAGAAAGAGAAAGAGAGUAGGAGAGUUAAGUAAAAAAAAGAACGCCACCACACUGUGCUUUAUAGAGAAGAAGUGAAGGAGAAAAUGCAUUGUACUGUGUUGUGUGUUUUUGAUUUCCAUUGGUUUUCUUCGAUUCUUCAAAAUUUUGUUUUACAGUUUUGUUUUUAUAUAAAGCGGGAAAGGACAGGCGGCGAGCGCGCGAGCGCGUGUGUGUGUGUGGGUGUGGGAAGUGUAUUCGUCCACCCUGCUCCCUCUUUUCCCUACAUCCGGAACCCGUACACCUGAUAGAGAGUUGCUUCCAUCAACAAUAUAUACGGUUGGCCUAUUAGUAUGAACGUGCAUCUACGGCAGAUGUUGUUUUUUGUAGAGAAAUAGAUGAACAGAAGAAGAAAAAACAAACGUUGAAACUCUAAACAUAUGCAAAAAAAAAUCAAUUAGUGCAAGGUAGACCAAUUGUUAACUCUGUAGAGGCGUGUGUAGGACACCACAAAGCUAAAGGGGGAUAAUUCUCGAACAAAGAAUUAAUUCAAUAAACGAUAAAGGAAUAUAUA